AUGGUCGACACACUGCACCCUCCCCCUUCCGUCAUUGCCACCUGGCCGAAACCUAACUAUGCCGAUCCCGACACCAGAGGUCCCGGCCUCAUCUACAUUUGCAUUAUCUUCGGCGCCAUCGGCCUCGUCACCGGCAUAGCGAGGCUAUAUUCGCGACUUUUCAUCACCAAGGCGCCCGGAUUUGACGAUCUCCUUGUGAUGAUCGCGCUUGGGUUCCUCACGGCUCUCAACGUCCUCGUCAUCAUAGGCAACAAAGACUACUACAGCGGCCGGCACGUCUGGGAUAUUCCCCCCAGCAGCUUCGUAGGCGGCCGCAUCAACAUCUGGGCCAGCCUGUGGUGCUAUGUGAUUGGCAUCACGCUGAUCAAGAUCUCGGUGCUGCUGUUCUACCGCCGUCUGAGCGUCAAGUUUAGCAAGGCCUUUCUGAUCGCCACGUGGAUCGGCAUCGUCUACAACAUUUUGUACUUUGUCUCGUUCGGUCUCACGCUGCUGCUGAUGUGCCACCCGCUGCACGCCUACUGGGACAGCUUCAACCCCGUCUGGGCCGCGACGCACCGCUUCCACUGCGUGUCGGAGAAUGCCGCCCUCCCGGCUUCCUCUGCCUUUAGUGUCGCCGGCGACUUCUACAGCACCCUCCUGCCCCUGAUCCUCGUGUACUACCUCGAACUGCCGCGGCGGCAGAAAUUCGCGCUGUACGCGCUCUUUGCGCUCGGCUUCAUGGCCGUCGCGGCGGGCGUGGUGCGUACGAUCCUGAUGUACGAGCUCCUGAACGUCGACUACGACUUCACCUGGGAGCUGUGGCUGACGUGGGUGUGGGCCGUGCUGGAACUGUACCUCGCCCUCUUCGCGGCCAGCGCGCCCAGCCUGAAGCCCUUCUUUCAGCACUUUUUCGUCGACUCGAUCAGCAGCUUUGCCAGGAGUUCGCGACGGCGGCGCGCAUACGGCCAAGAGAGCGGUCCCGGGCACGGACUCCCAACAAAGGACGUCGAGCAUGGGACGUACUCGACCGACCGAGAUCAGCCGAGCCGUCAGACUCCGGAUGUCGAAAGAGACAGAUCGAGUCGUCGCCUCACCUGGCUCAACAGGGACGAAAGGUCCGUCUCCCAGCAGAGUUGGUUCCGAGGCGGCGACACCUCCUCCACCGGCAGGGGUGACGGGACCGGCACGAGACAUCUCACACUCCGGCCCUCGGAGGACGGCAAGAAGAUGAUCCCCAUGCGAGUGUACGGUCACAAAGGUGGUGGGGCCGAGUCCGAGUACUCGUCCAGCGGCGCCUCGGCCAACCCCUUUUCAGACACAGACACGGUCACAGAGACAAGAGAUCACGAUCGCUCGGACUCGAACUCGACCUCGACCAUGACUGCCCUCCCGCAGUCAAGGCAUGAUUGGCCGUUGCCGAUAAUGGGGUCGGAACCACAGCACCAGCCGCGCGAGUUUCUGGCGAAUCCUCGUCUGUCCAUGUAUGAUAGGAAUAUGUGA